AUGAUGAUACCCAGCAGUCGUGGUAUUUUACCACCACAAUCAAAGUGCUACAGUACAACAUCCAGUUUCUGCCCACAACAACCGUUCUGGCCUCCAACUACACCUACAGUAGCCAGUAUCCGGUCAUCAGUAAAUACAGCUAUCCCUUUCAAUUCUCCCGGUGCAGCUGCUAGCACCACUACAGACCUCUUGAAUUUCCUACAUGCGGUGUUUCUCAAUAACUCGAUCACUAAUAAUGGACCGAGAUCACUGAGCAGUGGGCAGCGCUAUUGGUCAGCAUUACCAGCAGUGUGCAGUAGUGGCACAGUACUUACUCCUUUUACCAGCCACUCCUCAACUACAACCAGCAGUAACUACCAAUGUAAUAUUAAUUUAGAAGGUAAGAGCGGUAUUAAUUAUAACGGUAACUUCAGUACUCCUAAUUUUGAUCAUGAGAUCGGUGCAGAUAUUGACUACACUGGUGGUUUUUUCGACAGUUCAAGUAGCACAUUGUCUACUUCUGCGCAAGAAAUGCCGUUUUAUAUUAAACGGCAGCACUCGAGUUUUGCAUCUGAAAAUGAUGUACCUGCUGGAAUUGUUUCGCUGAAUAGCGAUUUGGUGGACUUUGCAUGUCAGUACCGUUGGUCAACAGCAACUGAACAACAUAAAUGUGCAUUAAAGCUCCGUUGUUGUUCGUCAAAGCAGUGGUCGUCUUAUCACAACGACGGUAACAGCAGUUCAUCUUUAAGGAGUAUGGAACAGAAAGCCGAAUGCUCAGUUAUUCGUCCAAGAAUGCCUUUAGUAGCUCCAGUGCGAUUGUCACCUCGUAAUGAGCCACUGACAUUGUUUUUCACUGAUAAAUACGUCUUCAGUAAUCAUUACUUGUGCCAACAACUGUGCAUCGAUGGAAUGAAUUUUAUUUGCACAGAACAAUACUACAUGUACUGGAAAGCUAAAUUGUUCAAGGACGAAGAUACUGCGAUGGCGAUAAUGGCAAGCCAUGAUCCGAAACAAAUGAAAAUGCUGGGCGCAAAAGUGAAAAAUUUUAGCCAGCCAAUUUGGGACAAAUUUUCGACGCAAUACGAGCAGAACAAAGAUCUUCGACAAGCAUUAUUUCGUACAAUGUAUACAGUUUUGGUUGAAUGUAAUCCCCGAGAUCAGCGAUGGGGUAUUGGAUUGGGGAUGGACGAACCAGACGCUUGCGAUCCGCAGCGGUGGAGGGGUUUAAAUUUGUUGGGGAGGCUACUGACUCGAAUUCGUGAUCGUAUGGCCGAAAAUGCCAUUUAUAGGAAUGAGGUUGUUGAAGCUCAGUCGAUUAUACACUUCAAGGGUUUUCUGGGCAGAACUGCGUAGAUGGGAAUUCCUGAUAGUUGCAAUAUCUCGGUGUUUCCUGAUAUGUAUUUUUCCUGUCGACGUUGUAAACUUCUAGCCUGAAUAGAACUAACAGUCUUCAUUACCACCAUUCUGACUUGUGGUAAUAUGUGGCUUUCAUCUUGCUGUAUUUAAAUUAUCAGACUAGCGUACUCUGUUGUCACUUUACUAACCACUAAGCGGAGAUGAAUUGUUGGAACAAAGUUG